GAAACUUUAUCGUGUCUUCUUACAUUGAUUUUCUUAGUGUCUCAGUUUCUGAUAUAGAAUGGGAUUGAUUAAAAUUACUGUUUUGGUGGUUCUUUACCUUCAAUUGGUAUGGCAUGAUGAUCAAGUUGGUGCCUCCAGUCCUAACUCUGUCCAACUGCAGGAUGGCCAGGAUGAUGAUCAGGGUUCUGGUUCUGUGAACGCCACCUUCAGCCAGGAUGAUGCUCAGUGUUCUGGUCCUGUGAACGCCACUUUCAGCCAGGAUGAUGCUCAGGGUUCUGGUUCUGUGAACGCCACCGUCAGCCAGGAUGAUGCUCAGUGUUCUGGUCCUGUGAACGCCACUUGCAGUGAGGAUGAUGAUCAGGGUUCUGUGAACGCCACCUUCAGCCAGGAUGAUGCUCAGUGUUCUGGUUCAGUGAACGCCACUUGCAGCGAGGAUGAUGCUCAGGGUUCUGGUUCUGUGAACGCCACCUUCAGCCAGGAUGAUGCUCAGUGUUCUGGUCCUGUGAACGCCACUUGCAGCCAGGAUGAUGAUCAGGGUCCUGUGAACGCCACCUUCAGCCAGGAUGAUGCUCAGUGUUCUGGUUCAGUGAACGCCACUUGCAGCGAGGAUGAUGCUCAGGGUUCUGGUUCUGUUAAUGCCACCUUCAGCCAGGAUGAUGCUCCGUGUUCUGGUCCUGUGAACGCCACUUGCAGCGAGGAUGAUGAUCAGGGUUCUGGUUCUGUGAACGCCACCGUCAUCCAGGAUGAUGCUCAGUGUUCUGGUUCUGUGAACGCCACUUGCAGCGAGGAUGAUGAUCAGGGUUCUGUGAACGCUACCUUCAGCCAGGAUGAUGCUCAGUGUUCUGGUCCUGUGAACGCCACUUGCAGCGAGGAUGAUGAUCAGGGUUCUGGUCCUGUGAACGCCACUUGCAGCCAGGAUGAUGAUCAGGGUUCUGUGAACGCCACCUUCAGCCAGGAUGAUGCUCAGUGUUCUGGUCCUGUGAACGCCACUUGCAGCGAGGAUGAUGCUGAGGGUUCUGGUUCUGUAAACGCCACUUUCAGCCAGGAUGAUGCUGAGGGUUCUGGUUCUGUGAACACCACCUUCAGCCAGGAUGAUACUCAGUGUUCUGGUUCUGUGAACGCCACUUGCAGCGAGGAUGAUGCUGAGGGUUCUGGUUCUGUAAACACCACUUUCAGCCAGGAUGAUGCUGAGGGUUCUGGUUCUGUGAACGCCACCUUCAGCCAGGAUGAUACUCCGUGUUCUGGUUCUGUGAACGCCACUUGCAGCGAGGAUGAUGCUGAGGGUUCUGGUUCUGUAAACACCACUUUCAGCCAGGAUGAUGCUGAGGGUUCUGGUUCUGUAAACACCACCUUCAGCCAGGAUGAUGCUGAGGGUUCUGGUUCUGUAAACACCACUUUCAGCCAGGAUGAUGCUGAGGGUUCUGGUUCUGUAAACACCACUUUCAGCCAGGAUGAUGCUCUGGGUUCUGGUCCUGUGAACACCACCUUCAGCCAGGAUGAUGCUCAGGGUUCUGGUUCUGUGAACACCACCUUCAGCCAGAUUGAGGCUUAUGGUUCUGGUCCUGUGAACGCCACCUUCAGCCUGGAUGAUCCUGAGGGGUCUGGUUCUGACUGGGUGUGACUGAGUGGUCUAGUUUGGUAGAUAUAAUCAUUCUCUCAAGUCUAGGGAGAAUUGCAAUAAGGAGUUUAG